UGGGAGGUGGACUGUGAGAAGUGACAAGCUCAACUUGUAUUUGUGUGUAUGUACGUACAUGUGCAGAUUUAAACUGACAUAAAUCAGUAAUAAGUGAUCAGCUAAUCGAUCGUUAAAAAACUAGGGUUUCUAAUUCGAUAAAAAUAUAAUAGAAUUUUAAUUAACUAAAGACAUUGAUAUAGGAAAUACAAAUAUAUCGAUUUUUUAACUUUGGUGUUAUUUUGUUGAUUUAACUGUGGACGAGUACCAUAAAUUUCGUACCAACAGAACUCUACGAUGUAUUACUGAUGGCGAAAUAAUGGGUCCAAAGUCCUUUCCAAUCUCGGGGAAACAAACACAUUCUUUCAGAUGGACUACUUAAAAUGAAAUAAGUGUAGUCAGCGAAUAGAAGAAACUCAGUACCAGGUAAAGCAAGGUGAAUAUCAUUAAUAAAGAGGAGAAAGAGAAAAGGACCAAGAUGGGAGCCUUGUGGACACCAGAUAAAACAGAAAAGCGAAGAAAUCUAAAAGAUUCAAUUUAACUAUUUGGGUGUAUUCAGAUAAAUAACUGUGCAGCCAAAGCUGUAGAUUUCCAGAUAUUUCAUUCGCUUCUAGCUUCUUAAUGUUAUGAUGUAUGUUAAUGUAAGUAUGUUACGAUCAAUUUUUUCGAAGGCCUUGGAAAAAUCUACAUAUACAGAAUCAACCUGACAAUCAUAGGCUAUAGCAUCCAAAAUAUUAUGCUAAAAGUUCCUCAUUGAGAGUGGCAAACUCACUGCUACAGUUAGAGAAAGCUACACUCAGAGGAGUGAUAAGACUACUGGUCACUGGCAUUUGAGAAAACAUCUACAUAACAUGGCUGUGGGGGUCUACAUUGUAAAUAGCGCCCCUAUGUUGGUAUAGCAGAGCAACUGUCAAAAUAACACACAGACCAACUAAUGAAGUUGACAUGUUGCAUGAUACAGCCAAAACCAUAUAAAAUCAGCCAACCAGGAUGACACAAUCAUGCUAUUUAUUACAAUUACCCCCUCUGAAUUUCAAAGAGCAUUCAAGAAACUAUGAAAGGGUAAAACAACCUUUAGCUUUUAUAUCACACAGGAGGGCUUAAGGUCCAACUACCCAUUGGAUGUCAAAGACAAGGGGUCAAACCAUUUUACAAUUCUUUCUCCACAUUAUACAUACUUAAAAAUCCAUGGCCUGAAGGGAUUCGAACCCAGGACCACUAGCAUGGCAAUACAACUCAGAUGCCCCAACCACUUCACCACUGUGGUCCCCAACAUUUAAUUUAAUUACAUAAGGUGAAAAACAGAGUCGUAAACUCAAGGAAAACUGUGACUGAUGAUAUGUGGAAAAUGACGCAAGAAAUGGAAGUGCUUCGAUAUGACAACUGGACAAUUAAUGCAGAAGCGAGAAUAAGAGACUUUGAAAAAGAGCUGGUAAAAGCUAUAAAAAAAGGUGGAUGGGAUGGAUCAGAAGGACCUGAAGCUCUACAGUGGACAUUUGCUGGAUCUUUAUUUUAUUCAAUAAUUGUAAUUACAACAAUAGGUUAUGGGCACAUUGCUCCGAAAACAAAACUUGGAAAAGUCACCACCAUAUUUUAUGCAAUUGUCGGAAUUCCACUAAUGCUAUUAUGUUUGUCAAACAUUGGCACUAUAAUGGCAAACUCUUUCCGAUUUCUGUAUUGGAAAGUGUUUUGUUACAGUUGCACUAAAAUUGAAAAAAGAAGAAAUAGCGCUAGGAGGAAAUUGUUUAACCGACAAACAAUUAAUGGGGCUUACAGAUUGGGAAAGGAUGAUUUAAUGAAUGUUUAUGAAAUUCAGGAUUUGAACGUUGAUCCUCAAUUUCAACAGCAAAUUCUUCAGAAUGCAGGAGAUGAACAACCAAUACAGUCAAGGCAGUCAGUUAUCAUCAAUAAAUAUGCACUAGAAAAUGAAACUGUAGCAGGAAAACAAGCAAUUGUUGUGGCUACACCUGGGCCGCUUGAGCGAGGUGGAAGUUCAGUUAAAAGGGGCCAAGAUCCAGGAGGACAUAUCACCAGAAUGAAUUCUGCUUCAACAAAAUCAAGUAAAAGCAAAGGAACAAGUGCUUCCGAGUUUGGUGAAGAUGUUCAACCACAAGUUAGGCCAGUUCCUAUAUGGCUCUGUGUUUUCUUAGUCGUGAGUUAUAUCAUAGGUGGUGCAUUUUUAUUUUCCGAUUGGGAAGAUUGGAACUAUGGAGAUUCUGCAUACUUCUGUUUCAUUACGUUAACGACAAUUGGAUUUGGAGACUUUGUUCCGGCACAAAAAGUCAAUAAGAAGAACGGGGAAAUCGGCAUAGCAUUGUGCUCGUUGUAUUUGCUAUUUGGAAUUGCGUUGUUGGCAAUGAGUUUUAAUUUGGUGCAAGAAGAAGUUAUAAACAAUGUUAAAGCAAUAGGAAGACACUUGGGAAUAAUAAAAGAUGAAUCUACAACUGAAUAUUAUGGAGAAUGAAAGGUUUUAUAAUUAUUUUAAAAUAA